UAAAACACAAGAAGAAGAAGUAGACUGUUUCUGUUGCGGCACAAAAAACGGACGUAGAUGCGUGAGAGCAACGUGAAAAAGUUUUGUAUCGUGACAGAGAAAAUACAGCAUGUUUUUCUGCAGCAGCAGCGGUUCCGAUCCACUCAGCAUGUCUAAAAGCGACAUACUGAGAGGAAUCAUCACCGAGAAGCUGAGCACAGCCGCCCGGGAGAUCUUAGCGGUGGUGGAGAGGACCGUAACCGACUACGAGAAGGAGGCGUCGGGCUUCAGGCAGCAGAUCGACCGCCAGAGGAGGCAGCUGGAGCUCCUGCAGCCUCAGGUCAAACUGCACAGAGGAGGUCAGUGGUGGACUGAAGAUCUGCAGAGCCAUGAGGAGGUGGUGGUUGGUGAAGAACAAGAGGAGCAGCAGCUCAUGGAGAACACAGGUGUAGACGGAGCUGGGAGUCCCAGUCUGCGUGGGAAACACUCUGAGGAUGAGGAGAAGGUUGAAGAUCCAGCAACAAUCUGCGAGCUGGUCCAAGAAGACCCGAAGGACCCAGACUAUGAAGUACCACCAAGGUCAGUUCAGCCUGGAAAUAAAAGGCGCCAUUUAUCCCCAGUUAUUGACACCCAGGACCCUCUAAAUCUCAGGAUCCGGAUACUGGAGGAGUCUGAGACCGAGGUGCUCUCAAAUUCUGUGUUUCAGAAAAGUCCAGUCUGGGACCUGGGAUGUCCUCAUGGUCUAGAUGAGGCGGCCUUCCUGGACCUGCUGAGGUCCACCUUCCCUCAGCUGGCUGCUGGGAAACCUUUUGAUAUCUUCACAACAGAUAAGAGCAGGAAGCUGCAGCCUCUGAGCGUAAAAGCUCUGACUCCGGAGGAGAUCUCCACAGCCAUCAGAUCACUCGGAAACUCAGCUCUCUACAUCCGCCCCAAGAAAGAGAUGCAGGAACGUGAAGAAUAUCCGGUUCCUGAAUCUCCAACUGUUGACCCUGAGAUCAUAAAGAACCAAGAAACUGAGCUCCACAUGAGCAGCGGUCAACGUGUAGACGGCAGCAACGAGAACGCUUUGUUUAGCUCAACAUCCCAACAACAGGACCUCCAAACUGAGGAGGGAGAGGCUGAGAGCAACAUGGACUUCAGUGGAGAUGAAGAGGAUGAAGAUGGGGGCUUAGAUGGAGAUGAGGACUGGGAGCCAAAUGAUGAACUGGAGACACCAACCAGGAAAAAGAGGACCAGCAGUGACAAGAGUGUUAUUCACAGUGUGGAAGAUACCAACGACAAAUCUGAGAGCAACGCGGAUCCCCGCAGUGAGAGCUAUCGGGCUUUAGAUGAAAGGAACUCGGAUCCUGAACUGCAGACACCCAAUAAAAAGAGACGCAAAGGCCGCUGGGAAAGGAAGGAGAGGGGUAAAAUAUUUUGCAAGGUUUGUGGCGUCUUUUACAGACAGUUUGGAAGUUUGGUCCGACACAUCUGGAUGCAUGUCAGCGACCCCCAGAGGGUUUGUGGAGCUUGUGGAGAGAAGUCAGAGUCGGUAGACCAGUUAAAGGAACAUAUCCACAGUCACAAAAAGCCCUACAGCUGUCCGGAUUGUGGGAAGCCUUUUUUCUCCAAAGACGGUGUCAAACGUCACGCUGCUAAGCACGCAGGAAGCAAUUUGUUUAAAUGUAGCGUUUGCGGUAAAAGCUCGCCAAACCAGUAUACCCUGAACCUCCACCGAUGGGUCCACAUAGAAAAUAAACCCCACAAGUGUGAUAUUUGUCCAAAAUCCUUUGGUUUGGAGUCCCAACUCCGAGCUCACAGGAAGCGACACAUGGCCAACGAUGCAUACAAGUGCCAUAUGUGCAACAAGUCUCUGAGAAGUCGCAGAUCUCUGGCCCGGCACAUGUUGACGCACUCGGACGAGCGGCACUACAGCUGCGAAACAUGCGGGAAUCGCUUCAAAUCUGACGCUGGGCUGAAAUCACACGAGAAGACUCACGAAGUGAGAGAUCGGCCAUUCCUCUGCCAUAUCUGCUGCAUGACCUUUCCACUGAAACAGUCCCUGAUGAGCCACCUCCGGAUUCACAGCAGCGAGAGGCCGUUUGUUUGUUCCUUGUGCGGGAAAGGCUUCACGUUCCAGGGAAACCUCAACAAACAUAUGAAAGCCCACACCAGCGAGGCUCCCUUUAAGUGCUGCGAGUGCGGGCGCUGCUUCAAACAUAAGAAUCACCUUACCCAGCACAUCAAGAUCCAUUCAGGCAUCAAACAGUUCGUCUGUGGCGUUUGUGGGAAAGGAUGUUCCAAUCAGGAACAUCUGAAAGUCCACAUGAGAACCCACACCGGAGAGAGACCCUACGAGUGCUCCCUCUGUGAUAGAGCCUUCACCCAGAGCCACUGCCUGAAAACACACAUGAAGACGCACCAGAACAAAGACGAGGCCGUCCUCGGUCCAUCCAGGUCCUGAAGCACCAGAACAAAGACGAGGCCGUCCUCGGUCCAUCCAGGUCCUGAAGCACCAGAACAAAGACGAGGCCGUCCUCGGUCCAUCCAGGUCCUGAAGCACCAGAACAAAGACGAGGCCGUCCUCGGUCCAUCCAGGUCCUGAAGCACCAGAACAAAGACGAGGCCGUCCUCGGUCCAUCCAGGUCCUGAAGCACCAGAACAAAGACGAGGCCGUCCUCGGUCCAUCCAGGUCCUGAAGCACCAGAACAAAGACGAGGCCGUCCUCGGUCCAUCCAGGUCCUGAAGCACCAGAACAAAGACGAGGCCGUCCUCGGUCCAUCCAGGUCCUGAAGCACCAGAAC